GUAGGUUACGGAAUGAAGUAACAGUUCAUACAGGAAUAGCUGAGUACCAUUAUUUUCGGGCUAUUUAUGAUAACAGCGUCUUGGGGGAUGGCAGCAAAUUUAUUUUACUCCACAAACACUUAGGGAAUUUAUUAUUCAUAACCGUUUAGUGUUGCUCUCGUCAAAAUUGAAAUUCACGCGGGAGCUUUUAAACGUUCUACGCCGUGCAAUACACUGCUAUUUUUAAAACACCGCGUCUGCUUUGCCAAGAAUAGAUUGGUGUAGUUUUGAAUCUUUCACUCGAUACUUGUGUUUCGUGCUUUUCAAAAUUACUCUGAAAUAAAUACGCUUUAGCAAAUUAUGUCUGAUUCAGUCCAGAGUCAAGAGGCGGGCGGUGGUGAGACAGUGGCACCGGCGCCGCAGGCAGCACCGGUAGCACCCGCACCCGAGGCUCCUAAACCCGUGGAGGCACCAGUCCCGGCACCAGAAGCUAAAGUUGAAGACCCAAAAGAAGUGAAAGAAGAAGUCAUACCAAAAGUAGAAGAAAAACCAGCUGAUGAAGUAAAACCGGAGCCAGUUGCUGCCAGCUCGGCAGAACAAAUUAGUAUCCCUGAACAAAAAACAGAGAUCCAAGCCACCAAUGGAGAUAAUAGCUGGCAAGAAAGGGAAAAGCAGCUUCUUUUAAAGAUAGAAGAAUUAGAAAAAAUUAAAAACGAAAGGACAGAGGAUGGCCUGAAAUUAGAAUUAAAGGUUCGUGAAGAAGAAAUCGACCUUCUAAAAGCUAGAGUAAAGAAUUUAGAAACAGAACUGCAAGCCGCCCUGUCUAAACCAAGCGGAAAGAAUCAGGAGAUGAUUGAAAACAUCAAGCAGCAGCACGAAGAGCUGCUAAGCAAAGCACGCGGCAUGAUCUUUGAUAAAACGAAGAUGGUGAAGAACCAAGAGUUGCAAAUCGAGGCGCUGACCACGCAGGUGGCGUCGCUCAAGGAUAUCAACCAGAUCACCAAGGACCUGCUCGAGAUCAGGAACGGCGAAGUCAAGGCGAUGGAGGACCGUCUGCAAGUGAUGGAGGCGAGGUUCAAGGCGGAGAAGAACAGGUACGACCUGGUGCUGCAGCGGGCACAGACCAGCACGAACAUCAACGACGACCUGCGCAAGGAGUACGAGACGCAGCUCGCCAUCUUCAAGGAACUCAGAGAGAAAUACGAGCAAAGGGUUCAAGCGUUAGUGGCUGAAAACAACAAACUCAAAGAAUCCGUGAAAGAAGGCACUUCGUCGUAACAAACACCAUUGUUGACUUAAAUAAGACUGUUUUUAUACGUUUAUGGUCUUUUGAUAAUUGUAUUAUUGUAAUUAAAAUUUUUUGAAUAAAUUUCGUAAUUUGC